CAUUUUCCUCUCUCUCUCUCUCUCUGAUGGACGGCGGCAGCAGAGUCAGGACUCGGACGAGUUCCCUCGUCGCCGGUGACGAUCCAGCUUCCGAGUUCGCCCACCGCGUCGAGACCCUCAGCCUUUCUCGCCAACAGGAGCCGCCUGUGGAAUCAUCUAUGCCUAAGGAGUGGACCAAUGAGGAGCAUAGGCUUUAUCUCAAAUCCAUGGAAUCAACUUUCGUUGACCAGUUGUAUGGCUACAUUGAUCCAAAACUCUCGAGGCAACAACAAUUCGAAACCUUGAGCACCCCUUCUGGCCAGUUUAAGGUUCUUCGACGUGGCUGCUGGCAGAAAGUCGACUUCCAAAGGCCAGGAGGUUCGCGGGUAAAUACGAGGACUGAAGCGCAGGGUUUCCUCAAGAGCCCCUGGAUCCAACAUUUCAGAUGUGUGAAGAAGCCUCACAGUGUGGGAGCCCAGCAUCAGGAUCCUCAAAAUUCGCAGGGGUUUCACUCUUCUAGCAAUCAUCAUGAUCACUCUAACAACAACUACACAGAGAUGUCAGAUCAGAACUUUGUCGAUGAAGACAUGGAGGAGGACGACGACAGUGCAAAGGGCGCAAGCAGUACCUGCAGCUCGAAAAGAAUCAAAGUUGUGGUGGUUAACGAUCAUGCUCCCCGCAGCGAUCAGGUUGUACCAUUUCGUAAUUCUCCUGCGGGAAUGGUAAUUGAUUCUGCUGAUCACAAGUGCAUCCCUGCAAGUAGAUGAGAUUCUUCGCAUUACACUUCAGCUUUCUAACCCGUCAAAAGGAUUCGACUUGAAGAGGUUAAUCAAAUAGUAAUCAGAACUUCAUCUGCACCAAAGCAAAACUCUCCAGGAUACCAUAAGGAGAGCUGCAGUGUGGAUCGAGAUAUUUGCAUAUCAGAUGUUUGGGGUCAGAUUGACAAGGUUUAAGCUCUAAAGCGAUCUGAUUUCUGUACAGGGAUAAAAGGUUUGGGCAAGCGGGGGUAAUUUUCCUUGUAGUUGCUGGAUUGUUUAGUUGAGAUGGAUGUUUUAGGGUUUCAAAUGUCUGUAAUAUUUGAGAUACUUCCGACUGCUUUCUUGGGGCAACUUCAUUCCGGUUUUAGAUAAUUUGUACCCAAUAGAGUCCAUUGUUGUUUUGUGAGUUUUGUUUUUUAAUGAGCAUUGUUGUUUUG